GAGGGGGGCGUAGGUGACCUCUGACCCCUGCCCUCCCACGGGGGGCUGCUCUCUAGGAAAUAAUCAUCACAAUCAUGGCAUUUGGAGCAACUGCUUGGAGGGAAGGGGAGUGUCCUCUCUGACAAGACGAUGCCUGGCUGAAGGAAGCUGGAGGGCGGACACAGCUUGAAGUUGGGAAUUUCCCAGGGAAGCUUUCCUGGAGAAGGUGGCGUUUCAGGAGAACUUUGAAAAUUAGAGGGAUUGCAUUCUGGAGAAGUUGAAGGCAGAAGAAAUUCUGAGAUUGUGCCCAGUGGUAAUGGUGGAGCUGGUUGGGGGCCGGAUCCCAGCUAACUGCGUAGCGUUAGGCCGCCCGACGAGGGACGAGGAGGAGCCGGCAGCAUGAACGACGAUCGCGGCGUUGGCUUCCGUCAGCAGCUCCUGAACAUCGACAAGAACCUGGGCAGCGAAGAGGUGGAGGCCCUCAAGUUCCUCUGCAACGACUGGAUCCCCUUCAAGAAGCUGGAGAAGGUGCGGUCCGCCCAGGAAAUCUUCCAGCACCUGGAGGACGGGGACAGGCUGAACCGGGAAAACCCUUUCGUGGUGGUCGAACUCCUCUACCACAUCAGGCAGCACGCUCUGCUCAAGCAUGUUGGCUACACCAAGGAAAAGGUCAUCAAGGAACUGCCCGCCAAGGGCAAACUCUCUCCAUUCAGGAAAAUGCUGUUUGAACUGUCGGAGGACAUCACUCAAGAAGACUUGAAGAGUAUGUUAUUCCUCUUGGCCGAUCAUCUUCCAAAGAAGAAAAUGCAGUCGACCCUGAGCCUUCUGCUUUUCCUGGAGAAGCAGGAGCUGUUGGGGGAGAAUAAUCUGGAGAAACUGGAGGAAGUUUGCAGACAAGUUUCGCCGGAGCUCGUGAGAAGAAUCAACAAGUACAAAAACGAGAGGCACUUUCGCAAGGCGGAUCCAGUGAGCCUGCAGGAGCAUGGUGAGAUAAUGCGGUCCUUUGCAAGACAAGAAGAUGAUAAGGUGGCAAAAGUCCCUCUGCCCGUUUCCAGAGAGCUGGUGGGCGAGUCCAACUUCAGGAGGGGAUCAGAAGGCAGCACAGAGGAAAUGUCAACCUAUAGGAUGGAUCGGGCCCGUAGAGGUUACUGCAUCAUUUUUAACAACUUUACAUUCAAGGGCAAAUUAAACUCCAGGAAGGGAACUCAGAAGGAUGUGGCCGAGCUACAGCGGGUGUUCCGGUGGCUGGGUCUGGACGUGGAGACGUUCAACGACAAGACCAGGCAGGAGAUGGUGGCGACCCUGGAGGAGUGUAGCAGGCGGCCGGACCACGACGUGCGGGACUGCCUCGUCUGCUGCGUGCUGUCCCACGGCGAGUCGGGCGCCGUCUACUCGGCCGACGAAGAGCUCAUCCCCAUCCGCCAGAUCAUGUCCUACUUCACGGCCAAAGGCUGCCCCGGCCUGGCCCACAAGCCCAAGCUCUUCUUCAUCCAAGCCUGCCAGGGCAAAGACAUCCAGGAGGCGGUGCAGAUCGAACCGGACGCCCGGAACCCCGAACUGGACCCGCAGCCCGAGCCGCCCCCAGCCCCGCGGGAGUCUCCCAAGGACAGCAUUCCCGCCGAAGUGGACUUCCUCUUGGGCAUGGCCACCGUCGACGGCUACGCGUCCUUCCGCCACGUGUACCAGGGCACCUGGUACAUCCAGGCGCUCUGCCGCCAGCUCCAGCUACUGGUACCCAGGAGGGAAGACAUCCUCUCCAUCCUCACAGCGGUCAAUGACGACGUGAGCCAGCGGGCGGAUAACUUGGGGAAGAAGAAGCAGAUGCCCCAGCCGGCCUUCACGCUCCGGAGGAAACUGGUAUUCCCCGUGCCGCGUGGAGCCCCACCGUCCAGCCUGGAAUAGCCUCUUUCAGCCCCAGGGGCUAACGUCCAGCCGGACCUCUGCCGGAGAGCAUUUCUUGGAGAGCAUUUCCACGUGUCUGUAGAUGGAAAGUAUUUAUUGUGUGCAGGGCACAGUUCUAAGCACUUGGGUCAGAGUAAUGAUGUUCCCUCAAGAGCUUAGAAUCUCACGGAGACAGACUCAAAGCAAAUGGAGGAGGGGGAAGAGGCUUGGAAGAUCGCAAACUUAAAAUUGGGGUCAGGUUAAUGGAUCUGUCCAGGACCCCAAAUCUCAGGGAGUGGGGCCAGGGGGCUGAUAUGAACAUCAUGACUUCACAAUUUCACUUUGGACUGUUUGGGCUGUGUGCAUUUUGAUUGAUGGAGGGGUGUCCCUUCUCCUCUGGAGUGCUAUUUCUGUCACUGGCAGGAUCGAUCAACCUUUGUGAGCGGAGCCCUGUACUGAGUGCUUGGGAGGCUACAGUAGAGUCAGUUGACACCAUCCCUGCCCUCA